GGGAGCCCAGUCUUCCUGAGGUUUCAGGGCACUCGCCUUGAAUCAGAGCUGUGGGAAGUGAAGGUAGACCAGAGCCUAACACUGGGGGCGCCGAGGUAGAUGUGUGGGGACAACCAGGAGGACUGAGGCCGACAGGGGCGGGGAGCGGCUGGAGGGGUUCACGGAGGGUGAGGUAGGGAAGUGGAGAUAGUAGUCGGGGGUGGGGGUGGGGGGCUCGGGAGAAGAGUGCAGAGCCAGAAGGAAGGAGACUCUGGAACUGAGCACGGGGCGCAGGUUGGAGCUGCGUGAGGAGCUGGUACCGGUGCUGGUGUCGGACCCGGGCUCCGAGGAGGGUCGGAAGGCACCAGGGUGGAGGUCUGUGGGGACAGGGAUCCCUGAGGUCGCGGAUCUGGGCCAGAGCACUUGAGGGUGGGAUCACUUAGGUGAGGGCAGUGGAGCCAGAGUUUGAGCCGGAUUCCAGAUCCACGCUGGAGAAUCUGGGGUGCAGCGAACAGACGGGUAGCGUGGGCAGGAGCCGGCGCCCGGGGGCCCUACGCUGGGAGAUGCGGGUGCGCCUGAGCACUCUGGCGGGCACGGCGGCGCUGAGCGGGGCUCUGAGCUUCGUGCUGCUGGCAGCCGCCAUCGGCACCGACUUCUGGUACAUCAUCGACACCGAGAGGCUGGAAAAGAGCAGCCAGAGGGUGCGGGACCAGGGACUGGCCAACCGCAGCCAGCAGGAGCCUCUGAGCUCCCACUCGGGACUCUGGAGGACUUGCCGGGUCCAGAGCUCCUGCACGCCGUUGAUGAACCCUUUCUGGCAGGAGAAUGUGACGGUCAGCGACUCCAGCAGACAGCUUCUCACUAUGCAUGGGACAUUUGUGAUCUUGUUGCCACUCAGUCUGAUCGUGAUGGUGUUUGGGGGGAUGACCGGGUUCCUGAGCCUCCUCCUCCGAGCUCACCUCCUGCUGCUGCUCACUGGGACCCUCUUUCUCUUUGGAGCCAUGGUGACCCUCACUGGAAUCAGCAUCUACAUUGCCUAUUCAGCGGCCGCCUUCCGAGAGGCAGUAUGCCUCUUGGAGGAGAGGACCCUGUUGGAUCAGGUGGACAUACGCUUUGGCUGGUCCCUGGCCCUCGGCUGGAUUAGCUUUGUCUCUGAGCUGCUCACUGGGGUGGUCUUCCUGGCAGCUGCACGUGUGCUCAGCCUGAGCCAGAGGCAGGACCAAGUCAUCUGAGUUUGGCCAACCCAGUAGGGCCUUUUGGACCCAUCUCGGUGGAUGGCAACCUUUUCUUCCUCAAAUAUCACUGAUAGGGCCAAUAGUGGCCAGCUGUGGAUGAGCGCUCCCUGGCUGCUGUCUUUGUGCUCUCUGGGCAGCCCAUUCUGCUGUGAUGUGAGCAUGUGUGUGCCUCUGGUGGACCAGAAGUGGAGAGGGAGUGUGGAACCCAUAUCACCUGAAAUAAACGCCUAUCCUAGUCACCCGG